AUGUCGGGGUCGAACUAUGUGACUUCUAACUCUUACUUUCUUGUACUUUGUUUGAAUGAAUGGGAGAAAGACAUAAAUCCAGUACUUAACAACAUGUCAAUGAAAAUGAAAGAGAAUUUUGAUAAGUAUUAUGGAAGUGUUGAUAGAUCCAACAUGAUGGUAUUGAUUGCAGCAGUUUUAGAUCCUCGGUUUAAAAUAAAAUAUGUGGAGUGGGGGUACAAAAAGAUUUAUGGCAAUGAUUUUCAAAAGGUUGGGUUGAUGUAUGGAAAGUUGAGAGAUUUGUUACAACGGUUGUAUGUUUUUUAUGUGGAGGUUGUAUCAAGUUUCCAAGAAAGCCAAGUUUCCGCUUCUUCCCAACCUACCGAAAUUGGUCAAUCUUCAGUUACUGGUGUGAGUUGUGAUAAUAGUGACUACGACCCCUCCUUAGAUGAGUAUGAGGAGGAGAUGAAGGUAGAGGUUCAUGAUAUGACUAAAUCAGAGUUAGAAAUGUCUUCCCAGGAAGUCUAA